UGAUGUUUGAGCUUCGCCUACGGGCAGUACGCGAUGUUACUUGAGUCUUAGUAUCGCGCCGGACGUUGGUCAAACUCUUUGUCCGUAACACUUGUUAAAUUAUUAUCACAACAUAUUAUUUAUAAUUUAAAAAAAAAAAAAAUACUAGAAAAAAUUCAUUAUUAGCAAAAAAAAAACCAAAAAAUUUUUUUUGAAACCGACAAUUUUUUACCUUUGUCGGAAUUUUUUACCUGCUACCUGCACUGACAUUAAACAGGUUAAAUUCCAGGUAACAGCGUCGCCAUGGGUUACGUCUGUUGUGCCAUGGAAAUUUUGUUUGUGUGAAAUGUUUUUUGUUAAUAAAAUUUAAAAUUUUUUUGAGCCGUUUAAAAAAUUUACAAGUGAUUUUUUUGGUAAUUGAUUUUUUGAAUUGUUUUUUGUUUGGUGACUGAGUGAUAGCUGGACAGGAUUAUGCACGGAAUAUUUUUAAUUGGGGUCUGCUCGUGAUUUUAUGGAGCGAUCCAAAGGACAGUGAAAUGACACGCAGAAUUAAUGCUAGCUUAACAAUAUGGACAGGUGUACUAUUGCUGUUAUUAACAACAAAAUCUCAAUCACAGACAACGGUCGAGUCCAUAACACCAGAAAUCAUAAGCAAAACAACAGAAAACACGAAAGAUUACGAAUUACUAUCAGGAAACAGUACAACAAUCUUACGUAAAACGUUAGCUGAUCAAGAAGUUGAUGUGUUUGCGCAUUUGCCAGCCUUGAAAAAUGAUAGAGAACGUCAAACACCUUUCCAUUCCUCCACAGCUAAAAUAACUACUGAAUCUAGUGUUGAUACACGUGACUCAUUACAAUCCAAUAUACAAAAUAACCAAAGAAAAUUUAAUUAUCAAGAUAAAUAUUCAAAUUUAAAUAAUAGUUAUAAUAAUAAUAAUAAUAGUAAUAAUAAAACGACAACAAAGUUACAAAAAAUUGAUUUACUGAAGACUGAUAAAAAUGAUAAAAUUAAUAGUUAUAACCAAUCGAAGAAACAUUUUUUUGAACAAUUAAUUUCACCAAAUGGGCAUAAAAUUCCUGACACAAACAGCCAUGAGUUGUCUGAACUAAAUAUUGAUACAGAUGACGAUAACAAUAAUAACGACAAUGAUGAAGACAAUUUUGAAGAGGAAUUGGAAUCACGUGAAGCAACAACACCCGGAGUGAUUAAUGAUUAUGGUGUUGUUUCGUUAAUUAAUGAUACUCAAGUUAAUUACAAAGGCCAGAAGAAAGAAAUACACGAAGAUGCUGUCAUGAUAAACAACAAGAAUAAUAAAGUAAAUAAAAAUAAAGUUGAGAAAUUGAAAAAUUUUGAUGAUCAAGUUGAAAUAAUAAAUACUUCUGCUACGAAAUUGAAUAGUCUUGAAGGUAUUGAGCGGAUUCAGGUACAGAAAUUGCCAUCAGAUUUCAGCGAAACGGAAAUUAUUGAUAAUAAAACGGAUAAAGUUUACGAUGAUGGGAAAAAUGUUGAAAAAACUGAAGUCAAAAGUAAUUAUGAGAAAAUUGAUGACAAAGCGGUUGAUAAAAAUGUCGACAAAGAAAUUGAAGAAAAAGAAGUGAAGGAAGUUAAUAAAAAUGGUGACAAGUUGGAUGAUAAUUUAGAAAAAGAGAUCGAUAGAAGUAAAAAUAGAGACAAAGAAAUUGAUAAAAAUGAUGAUGAAGAAAAAGAUUUAACGCCAAAAGGUCGCACGAUAUCAUUCGGUGGUGCCAAUCGGUUUAGUAGUACAGAAGAGAAAGCUAUUGGUUCUACAAAAGAAAAUACUGAUGUUAAUUUAACAAAAGACUUUAAGCCGUAUCCUUAUUUUAAAACAUCACCAGCUGUCACGGUUAAUAAUUCAGCUGUUAAUCUCAUAAAUGAUAAAAAAUCAACUGAUAUUAAUUUUAAUAAAGAAACCGAUGAAAUUUAUACCUUUGAAAAUACGAUCAAUAAGAACAAAGAAGAUGAUAAAAAAUUACUCAUUACCGAAUCCUCGGUUAUUAAUAAUAACAUCCAAACAAAACCAGUUAAUUUGAAACGUUCUAGUAAUACGACUAAAAUAUUGACAGAUUCGUCAUUAUUAUCGCCGUCAUCCUCUUCAUUGUCGUCGGUUACUGUCAAAUCGAUUCCUGCUGCAGCAAUAAAUACAACAUUGAAUAAUAAUAACGAUAAUUUAAAAAUAAAGGAUAAUGUCAAUGACAUUCCUCGUAAUCCCGAAGAAGUAAUAGAACGUAAAAGUGCACUAGAUUUGAGUAGCAACGGUUUAAAUAUUGAAAAUAUUGAUAAAAAAAAUUCAACAUUUACCGAAAUGGUGACAAGCGAGAGACCAAUUAUUGAAACAACAGAAAACAAUUCAAAAAUAAAUUUAAAUGUUAAUAAUACAACUGAACAAAACGUUGAUAUAAAAUCAGACAGUGAAAUAACGGCAAUAAAUGAAACAGAAUCAAAUGAUAAAGAUAAAACAAUAAACGAUACAACAAAUUAUAAACUAACAACAAGUUAUAUUAAAAAACCCUUAGAGGCAACUAAUUUAAACUCUUCUUCGUCUUCCAUAAAACCCGAGGGGAUUCAAUUAAUUUCAACUUCGGCUCCAACAUCUCCAGCACCGUCGUUUGACGUCGACGAGGACGUAACAACUUCCGGCAUCACGACAAAUAAAUUGGAAAUAACGAGUACGAUAAUGUCGGAAACAACUUUAUCGCCAGUAACAUCUACUACGACGAUGUCGAAUACUACAUCGAAAAACUUUUCCAGCUCAGAGACAUUGACAUUUAAUUCAAGCGGACGUGGAAUCGAUUUACCUGAAAGUACAACCUCCGCUGUUGAAUAUGAGUUUGUUGGACUUAAUGACACUACUUCAUCAACAUUUAUCAGCAAUAAUGAUGAUGUUAAGAAGAAUAUUUCAACGACUUUAAUGCCGGAUUUAUUUAACACGUCAAUGAGUAAUAACACAAUGGAAAUAAAUACAACUGAAAGUAUUACGAAGGAUUCAAAUAGUAGCACAGAUGAAUUAUUAACAACAACAGAAAGUAUUUUAACAGAUACUACAAGUUAUACAACUAAAAAUUUCGAUUACUCAAGUACUGAUGAUACAACAAAUUCAGAUACCGAAGGUACGACGAUUGGAAUGGAAUUAAAUGUUACGAAAGAAUUGACUGAUAAUGAGACAAAUAAUUCAAACAAUAUCUCGUCGACUACCGAGUCGUUAUUAACAACUGAAAUAAUUGACAAUGAUAAUAAUAGUAGUAGUAUGACGAGCCCAGUGGAAACGACAGUAGAUGAAUUAAAUACAACGAUGAGUACAUUGAAUGUGACAAGUUCAACGGGAUUAAAUGCUGACGAGAUGACGAGCACUAAAAUAGAGAGUAAUAAUAGUACGGUUGUUACAAAUAUUGAAGAUAAUAUUACUACUACAGUUGGGUCAGUUCAAGUUGUCACUGAGGACGACGUACAACGUUUUACUCCUGGAGAUGUCACUUUACUUGUCAGAAUAGUCGUCGAGGGCACUUGGUCUGACAUUUGUCAACAUUUACCUGCACUCAAACAAUCACUUGCUAAUUUACUCACUGCUGGGAUGGAAAAGCCGGUCUCCGCGAGCCAAAUAAUAUUUCAAAAAAAUCCGUGCACUGAAAUCGCUGCCAAAAAUAAUCAAAUAGAGUUAAUUUUAUCGACGAUUCUUCUGUACGUUAUUGAUGAAAACGGUAAUUUUGACGCAACAAUGACGCAGAAUCUGCCAAAUUUGUACAGUCAACGACCGUUCGAAUCUCUUUUGACUAUUCGCAGUUUCCAAUUAGUACAAGAUGGAGAUUCCGGAAAUGCUAUUGCAGUAAUCGUGGUUUCUUGUGUGGCUUUUGUAUGCCUCGUUCUCUUAGCCAGCUUACUUUUUAUUAUGAGAAAACGUCAAACGAGAUUUAAUUACGGGGAAAGAUGUCGACCAGUCUCUUUAGAUGCUUACAGUUUGGACAGCGUUUCAGCUUAUAAUAGUGUUAGACGUAAAGGGGCUGCACGAGCAUCUAAACGUAGUUAUGGAAACCCAACUUUUGAAGAUUCUACGGUAAUUCCAUCACAUCCAUUAAAUUUUGCUGGUCUAUCGGCAUUCUGUAAUGAACAAAAUGCAAUAUACGAGGAGUUCACAGGCAUACCACAGGUUUCAGCGCGUAUAGAUGAAUUACCACCUGGUGCGGAAGUUAAAAAUAGAUACGCAAAUGUAGUGCCUCUACCAGAGACACGUGUGCCUCUUAUGAAAAUCAACAAUGAUCCACUGAGUGAAUACAUCAAUGCAAGUUACGUACGCGGUCCUAAAAACGCUACUAAAUAUUACAUCGCGUGUCAAGCGCCAAUGGAGUCGACAGUGACCGAUUUUUGGCGAAUGAUAUGGGAACAGCAGUCUAAAGUCAUUAUUAUGCUUACCGAUCUCAUUGAAAAUGGUGUGGAUAAGUGUUCUGAGUAUAUACCGCCGUCAGAAGUUACCGAUUGCCAUCGUCUUUACGGAGACUAUCAAGUGACGUUAAAAAAACGAGAGACCAAAGAGAAAUAUGCGAUUUCUACAAUACAUUUAAAGAAUUUGGAAAAUAAUACUUAUAGAGAAGUAUUUCAUAUUUGGUAUUUAUGGCCAGCGAAUGGUGUUCAAACAGAUGCAGCUGGUCUAAUAGCAAUAUUACUAGAAGCGCGUGCACUACAAAGGGGUGGACCUGGGCCAAUUGUCGUUCAUUGUAGCCCAGGAACCGGUAGAACUGGUACACUAAUUGCUCUAGAUUUGGGUAUUAGACAGUACGAAAUAACGCGAACUGUUGAUGUACCGCGAGUUGUUUACACCAUACGGCGAGAUCGAGCCGGUGCUGUACAAACUAAAGAACAAUAUGCUUUUAUCUACAAGGCAUUAAAUUUAUACGCCACAAAACUUGCUGGUGGAGGUUUAGAAUCCACUUGAUAAAAGAAAAUAAAUAACUAAAUAAACAUCGAAUAAUUAACAAAUAAUUAAUCAACGUCAAGGAAACACGAUCUAAGUCAAUAAAUAAUCAAGUAAUUAAUUAAUUAUUAAACAUAUAGUUGGAUGAUUUAUAUUAUUACGGAUAUUAACAAUUGAUGGUAAUGUGUUUAUGAUUAAUUGAUAAUCGAUUUCAUACAAUGGUCAUAAACCCCGACUAUUCGUAUGAUAAAUAUCUACGUCGGUACUUUUUUAAGUAUCUAAUUAAUAAUAAUAAUAAUAUAUAUUUUAUGUGACAAUUAAACGCGCAAUGCCAAAUUAGUUUAUACGAUUUAUGUAUGCGCGUAUUUAAUGUCUCGUAAUUAUAAAAAUGAUAUUAUAAAUCUAUAGUAUUUUACACUCACACAUGAUUAUUAUUAUUAUUUAUAUAAUUUGUGAGGAUUUGAAGAUACAAAUAAUUAUUUUUUUUAUUAAUAUAAAAAAAAAAUCAGUGAGAUUUGAAUUAAUGCUACAAUUUUUUAUUCUGUUAAAAAUUGUUUCGUUUAUUUAUUUUUUUUUUUUUUUGUAGAAAAGAAUUAUAAGGAAUCGAGAUUAAUUAGAAAAAAUUUUAAUUUAUUUAUUUGACGAGGUGUCAGAUUACGAUACUACUGUACUGUUUUUUUUACUGUUUUAUUGUCUGGAGAAAAGUUAUUAGUUAUGGAAAAUUACUGCCUAUUGUGACGUUACACAGAAAUUGUGUGAAAUCGGUGAGAGGAAUCAAUGAAGCGGGUUCAGUUUUCUGUAAUUUUGUGGAAGAAUAUAUGAGUUGAUUGCAAUAUUUUUGUUAGUAUUUGGGCACUGCAUAAAUUUUUACUGUUUCAUUGUCGACUAAAAUUAAAUUAUUGUACUGGUCUGUUGCCUACGAGUGUAAAUGUACACGGGAAAUUGCCUACGCAAUUUAUUGCAUACAUUUAAUUGACGUUCUGAAUACUAAUAUAUCGAUUGUUGUUUUAUUUAACAUUCUUUAAAUUUUUCCGUGACGAUUACGAAAAUGGAUACAAAGAAGACUCGUAGGCUUUAUAAAAAAUUGAGUGAAUAGAAAAAUAAAAUUAUCGAGGCCCUUCUUCUGGAAGAACCGAAAAAAUUUGAAAUUAAAUUUUAAAAAUUAAUCGGCGCCUUGAAAUUUAACAUAAGUAGUAAGCAUUUUUUUUGAAGAGCAACUGCAUGAGUUGUAAAUACGCAGAAUAGUAACUAAAAAAAAUCACCUGAUAAGUGAUUAAAUUCAAAUAAAUCUUUAUAAAAUAAUUAGCAAUUAUUUUCUUCCAAUAGAAAUAAGAAAAUUAUUUUUGAAUACCAUCAAAUUUUUAAUUAUUUCUUUAAAUUAUUUGUUAGAUUGUUUUGCUCGCGCAAUUUUUGCAUUAAUUAAAAUUUCAAUUUUUUUAGUCGCUGACAAUUGAACAGAAUUUAUUCAAAAAAAAAAAAAAACAAGUUAUGUUUUGUUCUUAUAUAGGGUAGAGGUACCGUUUGUGGUCAUUGCUCCAUUUUUGGACAUUUACUACUUUAUUUUAAUUAAUGAAAAAGUGUAAAAUAAAAUUUUCAUUUUAAUAGUGGGAUAAAAGUUUCUUUGAACGCAUGGAAAAAAUAAAUUCUGUCAUUGCGUCUUUUACGGAUUAAUUAUUUGAAUUUUUCAGGUGUCCAAAACUGGCCCUAAAGUGGCCAAAAACGGUACCUUUAUCCUAAAGUCUACUAAAAUAUAGCACACCGUCACUUUAUAGGGUAGAGAUGCCCUUUUUGGCCACCUUCGGACCAGUUUUGGACCUUAAAAAAUUUUAAUAAAAUAAUUUGUUAAAGACACAAUGACAAUUAAUUUUUUCCAUGCGUUCAAAGAAAUUUUUAUCCCACUAUUAAAAUGGAAAUUUGACUUUAUAAAGAAAAAUCUUUUAUUAAUAAAAAUAAAGCAUUCAAUGUCAUGUCCAAAAAUGAAGCAGUGGCCAAAUGGUACUUCUACCCUACUUUCAACAAAAUUUCAAGAAACUGAGUCCUGUCAAUCCAUUUACACUAGACAAUUAAACAGUAAAAAAUUUUAUUGAUCUUCCUAAUUUAAUUUUAAAAAAUGAUUUAUUUAAAAAUUAAUAGCAAUUGGAAUAAAAAAAGUUGAUAAAAAAUACUCGUUAUAAUUCGAUUAUUGUUAUGAAGUAUUAAAUAAUUAUUAUAAGAUUACUAUUAAUAUAUUUGGACUCUCUAUUAAUUUUUUCAUGUAAAUACUAAAAAUUACCAGGCCGCGUUAAUUUAAAUUUAACAAAAUUUUGUUGCAAUUUGUUAAUAAAACUUUUUUUUUAUUGAAAAAAGAACUAAAUAUUCAUCGACUUUAAUUAAAGGACGAAUGAAUAAAAGCUGGCUCAAAAAAUAUAUAUAUAUUUUUUAUGGAAUUAUAUGAUGCAGAUUUUAAUAUUUGAAUUCUGUUAAAAGUUACCGUUUAAGAUUGAAUUGUAUAUUUAUUAUUAAUGUGAUUUAAAAAUAUUUUGUUUGUUAGAAGAUAUAUAUUAUAUUAAUGAUUUUAUGAUAUAUAAUAUUUACAUUGCAGUACAUUUUUGUUGUAUACUCAAUUUUACUUUUUUUUUAUAACGACUAUUUAUACAAUUUGAAACGUCGUCAGUA